AUGUCACGGGUACCGGCUGCAAAGAGGCGCCGGAUUUCUCCUCCGGAAGAUGGGGAGCGUACGAACGAUACGGCCCAAGACCACAAGGGAACCUUCCUGAAGAAUGCGGCGAAAUGGGAUCUCGAGCAGGAUUACGAAACUCGGCCGCGCAAACUGAAGAAGCAGAAGGAGAACAAGAAACUGCCCGUUAGGACAACAGAAGGAUGGGUAGCGCAUCCAGUCGCCGCGGAAGAUGUGAAGAGUGAAGAAGAGUCGGACAGCUUUCUAGGCUCAGGAAGCGAAGCCGAGGAGGACGUUGAGGAGGAAGAAAAGGUUGAGGAAGAACAGCCAAAGAUACCAGCACGGCAGCAGAUAUUUGAGGCUAAAGAAGAGCUGGCACGCAUAGCGGCCCUGGUCAAUGAAGACCCUGAAGAGCACAUUGGCGCUUUGAAGACGCUGGCUGCCAUCGCAGACUCAGAGAAUAUCACGGUCAAGAAGCUGGCGUUGGCGACACAGGUGGCUAUUUUCAAAGAUUUGAUUCCUGGAUACAGGAUACGACCUCUGUCGGAAGAGAAGAUGCAGGAAAAGAUCUCCAAGGAAGUCAAAAAGCUACGAAUGUUCGAACAGAAGCUAGUCUCAAGUUACGAGGCAUACGUAAAGCAUCUAGCGAGACUGGCGAAGAGCAGUGGCUCCGAUAAGGAGCAGAUUGCAAGCCUGGCUUCGGUCGCUGUCAGUUGCGCGUGCAACCUUCUCGCGGCAGUUCCUCACUUCAACUUCCGCGGAGAGCUUUUGAAGAUUUUGGUCGGAAAGUUGAGCACGAGACGUGUCGACCCGGACUUUGUGAAAUGUAGAACGGCCCUGGAGAAACUAUUCGAGAGUGAUGAGGAUGGCACUGCAUCGCUAGAAGCGGUCACUAUGUUGACCAAGAUGAUGAAGGGCAAGAACUACCAUUUCGAUGAAAGCGUCCUCAAUACCUUCCUGCAUCUUCGGCUGCUGUCCGAAUUUGCUCACAAAGCUUCCUACCACUCCGUUGACAAAUCGGAAGGCCAGCCUAUGAGCGGCAAGAAGCUGAAGCAGACGCGCGAGUUCCGGACGAAGAGACUACGAAAGGAAUUGAAAGAGAAGAAGGCGAUAGAAAAGGAGUUCAAAGAAGCCGAUGCCGCUGUCAGCCACGAAGAACGAGACAGAAUGCAGGCUGAGACACUGAAGAUGGUGUUUGUGGCAUAUUUCCGUAUACUGAAGGCACGUUCACCAAAGCUCAUGGGUGCGGUGCUGGAAGGGUUGGCACGAUACGCACAUUUGAUCAAUCAAGAUUUCUUCGGCGACAUCCUCGAAGCACUACGCGACAUCAUUUCUACCGCCGAAGUCUCAGCAGCGGCCGCGGUCGAGGAGGACUCUGACGCAGAAGACGAAGACGACGACGACGAAGCCCCAGAUCGGAAUCUCACACGUGAAUCCCUUCUUUGCGUCAUCACCGCCUUCGCCCUCCUCGAAGGUCAAGAUGCCGCGAAAGUCGCAUCGACGCUGAAACUUGACCUCAGUUUCUUCAUCACGCAUCUCUACCGCACGCUACACCCUGUGUCUCUCAAUCCAGACAUCGAACUCAGCACUAAAUCCCUGCAUCUUUCCGAUCCUAACACCGCCCAAUCGCACGCCGACACGGCAAAGAUUAACGUACAAACGACCAUUGUCCUACUGAUCCGCUCUCUCUCCUCUGUUCUCUUGCCUGCUGCCUCAAUCCGCGCCGUGCCCCCAAUCCGCGUCGCUGCUUUCGCGAAGCAACUAAUCACUAUCGCUUUACACUUACCGGAGAAGAGCUGCACGGCUAUGUUGGGGCUGUUGAACCGGAUUACCAGAACACAUGGCAAGAAGGUUGCGCCGUUGUGGAAUACGGAAGAGAGGAGGGGUGACGGAGUGUUUGAUGGGCUGAAACAGGAGAUUGAGGGGAGCAAUCCAUUUGCGGCGACGGUCUGGGAGGGGGAGAUACUGAGGAUGCAUUUCUGUCCUACGGUCAGAGAAGCGGUGAGCGGGAUUGAUAAAAACGUCAUGGAGGCGAUCAGGUAA